CAUUAGCAUCAUUAGCAUAUGAUAGAAAAGCUAAUGUGAAAAUCUACCCCAAGGUCGUUAUUAUAUGCAAACAGUAAUAUUUAGCUAAUAUUUUUCGACAUAACUUCUUGGACAUUCAAAAGCAAGAAUGGAUGGUUCCUAUGAAAACAAAGGAUAUGAUAACCGAGACGUUGAAAAUAAAGAUAAUAGAGCUACGGUGACUAAAGACUCGCAAGUUCAUUUAAGUUUCAAAAAAGAAGGACCGUUAGAGAGAAGAACCAAGUGUGAAAAGAUACUCCUGUUUCUACUGGUUAUUUUAGUCAUAGCCGUUAUAAUUUUGAUCAUUGUCGUUGCUGUACAAAAGAAAGACUUGGACGAUGCCAAAGAGUCUAAAGAGAUGACAACACCAAAGCCAGACGCAACAAAACCUGAUGUAUGUUUUACAGCGGAAUGCACAAAAGCUAGCGCUCAGUUGUAUGAAAGUCUCGACAUGUCGGUUGACCCAUGCGAGGAUUUCUAUGCGUACUCUUGCGGCACAUGGAGGAAAAAGCAUGCACUUCCGGAAGAUAAAUCGUUUUAUGGCACCACGACAAUGCUAGGUGAUGGAGCCGAAAUGACUAAUAAAUAUCUUCUGGAAGAUACGGAAUCAUACAAAGAUAUCGAAGCUAUUGUUAAAGCCAAGGACUUGUAUGCAUCUUGCAUGGACAUGCAGAAAAUAAACGAAAAGGCGACAUCGGCGGCCGUACCGUUAUUGGAAGAACUCGGUGGAUGGCCGGUCCUCGGUUCAAAUCCUGGAGGCAACUGGUCAGAGAGUGACUUCAGUUUGAUUAAACUCCUGGUCACACUUAACAAAUAUAAUAGUCGUCGUAUCAUUAACCUAGUAGUUUCGGGCGAUUUAAAAGAAUCAAACAAAAAUAUCUUAGAACUAGACCAGCCUGGAUUUGGAAUUCCUGGGAAGGUUUACAUGGUGGAUGACAGUUUUGCACACUACCGCGAGGCUUACGUCAUUCUUGCCUCAUCGAUGGCCCAGUUAUUUGGUGCCGACAAAACCAUUGCAGAUAAAGAAAUGAGAGAAAUGCUCGAGUUUGAAAUGGAUCUAGCUAGGAUCGCAACAAGUCCAGAAAACAGAACUGAUUUUGCAGCUAUCUACAACAACAUGGCACUUUCGGAAAUAACUGAAAUAAUUGCCGAAACCGGACCUGCAGAUUCUAUUCAGUUCGACUUGCUUGAAUUCACAAAAGAAGUAUUUGAUCUUGAACGUGUGAAAGUCGCUAAUAUAGUAAUUAACGAAAGCGAGCCUGUAGCAAUUUAUGAUCUACCAUACUAUGAGAAAGUGUUAGGUGUACUCAGAAAACAUGGCAAACGAUCUGUUGCCAAUUAUGCUGUGUGGAUGAUCAUAAAAGAUCUUGCAAGCGUUCUAGACAGCAGAUUCCAAGCUCUUUUGAAACAAUACGCGGAGACUUUGACGGGGACAUCUUCCUCUCCGCCAAGAUGGAAAGAUUGUGUAGCGACAUCGGUUGGUUUCUUUCCAAAAGCAGUUGGACACAUGUUUGUUAAGGAAACAUUUGACGAGUCAGCAAAAAAGGCGGCGCUUGAUAUGAUUGAUAGAAUUCGAGAUGCCUUUAAUCAGCUUUUGAAUGACAAUGAUUGGAUGGAUGAAACAACGAAAGAGCUUGCUAGAGAUAAGGCCAAUGCUAUAGAAGAAUGGAUCGGCUAUCCUGAAGAAGUUUUGGAUGUAGACAAAAUCAAUAAGCUCUAUGAAAAUGAUACGAUUAACAGGGACGAAUAUUUUCAAAAUGUUCUUUCCAAAUUGAAGAAAACGUCAUCAGACAAUUUAAAGACGCUAAGGUUACCAGUCGACAAAAAUACUUGGAAAGGCUCGCCCUCCACAAUAAAUGCGUUUUACAGCCCACAGCUCAAUAAAAUACUGUUCCCCGCUGGUAUAUUACAACCUCCGGCGUAUGCAAAAGGACAACCAAGAUCUAUGAACUAUGGAAGUAUUGGCUCCAUUAUGGGACACGAAAUAACCCAUGGCUUUGAUAACCAAGGUCGGCAGUUUGACAAGUAUGGUAAUGUUAAGCAGUGGUGGAACACAUCCAUUAUUGAAAGUUUUAACAAAAAGGCACAGUGCUUUGUUGACCAAUAUAACAACUUUCUAGUGAAAGAAGCUGGCUUUAAUGUGAAUGGAAUGCAAACACUAGGCGAGAAUAUUGCUGAUAAUGGCGGAAUCAAACAAAGUUUUAAGGCAUAUAGGAAGUGGGUGGAGCAACAUGGCAGCGAGGAGCCUAUGUUACCUGGACUUAAUUUUACCCACAAUCAAUUGUUCUUUAUCAACUUUGCUCAGUUUUUUUGCGAAAACGGACGUAAAGAAGGAUUCAUCAUACAGCUCAACUCCGGCGUACACUCUCCAAAUGAGUUCAGAGUUAUAGGCACUUUACAGAAUUCACAAGAUUUUUCGGAUGUGUUCGGAUGUAAGAAGAAUAGUAGAAUGAAUCCAGAAAAGAAAUGUUAUGUUUGGUGAUGAAAUAGCAAAUAUAAAAGAACAGAACAUAUAAGAAUAUUGUAUAUCUAUAACCUUUUUUAAGGUCUUAAACAUUUAUGCUUAACAUGAUAUUAUACUUAUUAUGCAGUCCAUGACACGCUAGAAUGCUUUACAAAAUUAAUAACAAUAAACUUAAUCUUUCUGUUGCUUGUCCACUCAA